AUGUUCAAGUUUGCUAGCAAACACGUAUCCCAGCCUAAGUGCUUCCACCAACAUCACGCUCGGGUUUCUCAUAUUAGGCAGGAAAUUACUACUGUACUGGUUUGUUACCUGCACUCAUUUCCUGCUGACAUUAUACUAACUAGUUGUGAAGGCUCAUAAGACUGGCAAUCAUUAUGGUCCCAAUAUCCACUCCUCUCUUCAAGUUCCACGCACUUUUUCGACUGAGAGCUCUGUGUGUCCAACCCCCCAGGCUUUAUAUGCUACCUGGGAACAUGUCGGUCACUUGGAAAGGGUAUUUAUAGACUCUAAUUUGAGGUAAAAGUCAUACUAACAUCAUACUAGGAUAUGUCUAAGAUGAGAGAAAUGAUUGAGAAUCUCCGGACCCCCUUAUAUGAGGCUGAAAAAACAAAACCCCACAAACGCUGCAAAAUGCUUAAGGAUAUGGAAGCAUUGCAGAACAAAGUCGAAGAUAUCAGCAGCGAUAUUGCAGCUCGGAGGAAAUAUGAUAGCAAUAAAUAUCUUCCUGGGCGGGUAGAUGAAAACUUUAACUAUCAAAUGUAUUUCGCUAGUGGUGUCUUGGUUUCGUUGUUUCUCUUCAGCAUCAGGGAUCUCCUAUGGGAUUCAUGCGGACGCCGUCUGUUCCUUAAUAAACCUGCAGGGGCUGCAUGCCAGCAAGGGGAUAGUUAAGGAUGAAAGUGGGGAAAUGUCACUGGGUGUUCUCUCCUAAUGGGAUGAUCUAGAAUAGUACGUUAUUAUAGGGCAACUGAUCUAUAAUCUUUUUCAAUACAUGGAAUUUCUAGAUUCGCUUCGUGUCUUCCA